AUGCCACACAUGGCACGAGCUGCUGUGUUAUUGCUGGCCUCGUUGGUUUCGAUAGGUCAUGUUACGGCCAGAGCCUUACCACAAUUCUACCCGGUGUCGGGAUCAAAUGGCGGGUCUUCACAGGGCUCAAACUCCAUGAACAUUGAGAGUGAUGGAUCCGUCUCUGCUGACGAUGUUGAUGCCGGGGUUCAAUUAAAUGCAAACGGGAACCCAAAUAUUUUGAACAUCAAUGCGAAUACGAAUGCGAAUAAUCAAAACUCUGAGCCAUUUUAUUGGGAAGAAGAAGAACCAAAAAAUCCUUCCGGGUUGGAUAUGGUAGGGCAGGAACAGGAAGGAUUAGCAUACGACCAGGGGGGUAAAACAAAAAAGGGUAGCCCAGAUGGCGGGAAAAUGCUUCUGGAAGAAGAGGAAGGAGCAGAAAGUGCGGACGCUGCGUCGGUCGCGAGUACACAAGCAGAUCUAGAGGAGUACGUAGACGCCGGUUUUGAGCCCGACGAAGAGGCCUUGCAGAAAGAUCUUGAGUUUACCGGUGGAAGACAGAUGUUUGAUAUUGCGCCUGAGUCCUUACAAAGAGCCCAAACCGCACCGAUACAGGAAUCAAUAAAUAUUGCCCCUAAAACAGAUGUUCUAGGGUCAGGGCAACCAUCACCUAAUGGAUCACAAAUAGCAGCAGAAGAUGUCGAAGACCGAAUCAUUGAAGAAGAAAUACCAUCCAACAUUUAUCGACCGCAACAUGUUUUCGACAUCUCAGCUCUUCCGAGACUUGCUUCUGAGGAAGUUGUUACAGUAGAAAAUGAAUUCGACGAAGAAGGGAAUAUGAGGAUUUUAACCACGGCACCGGAUAUAGACGCUGAAUUCAAACGAGAACAGGAAUCAGAUAAACCGGGUCCAGCAGAUAUAGAGCGUAAUAAACGCCUAGAACGAGAAAAGAAAGAGAGAUUAUCUAGGCGACGGUCUCAAUCGGGAGGUAGAAAAUUCCUCCCAGAUGACCAACUUCCACCAAAUGCAGAACUGGAAUGGAGUUAUGUUCUCCGUAACGAACGUGGCGAACCUAUAAAUGAAUAUGGUCUUCUACUGGACGAGAACGGUCAACCUAUUCCCGAGCCCGAUGACCCUUACGCCGACGAGCAAUACGACGAAGAGGUCGUAGACCGGGUUAUCGAUCAAACCGGCCAGUCAAUUAAGGGGGCUGACAAGGAAACAGGCGAUGAAAGCGCGCAAGACGACACCGAAUCUAUUGCAGCCUAUCCUGGAAGGAUAAAGCCAAGAAGGCAGAAAUUUGAGAGAGAUUUGAAUCCGUAUCUAAGAAAUUCUGGGACUGUCGAUAACCCGUAUGAUGUCGAUGAUUCUAGAUUUGCGCCUGAUAAUACAAGCGAGAGGAGUAAUAUAGCCCGCUCAUACAUAAAAUUCAGAAAACCAGAAAGACAAAUGAACGGUAGGGGCACUCGGCGCCAAAAAAACAUGAGUGGUUUCGCUCAAAGACCAGGUCCUCGAACGUACAGAAAUUCUCAAGCAAAUGACAAUCCAUAUAGCUUUCUAGAUCAACCAUAUAAUGAUAUAUCACCUCAAGAGAUCCAAGAUUCCAUGGUAGCGGAAGCAGCAAUAGAGGCUCAACGAAGGUCGAACAAUUCCAAUCAACAAGGCUCUAACCAAGCGUGGCCGCAAACAAGCGAUCAAUACACCGCCGAGGAAAUCAUGUUGUUGUACGAACUUCAAGCUGAAAAAGAGGCUGCCGCUGCCGCGAAGGCGCGGGAAAACCAAUCAGGCCUUGGGUUGACCCAACAGACCAUGAUAGACCUUGCGGAAGCCGGAGGAGUCCCAAAAAGGACAAACACACAAGGCACUCAAGCUAACCAAAACUUCGAUCAGGGUCUGUAUGACCUUGCUAAUCAAGCUUUCCAAGGCAAUAAUCAGCUUUCAUCUAUCAAUAACCUAGCCAUGCCAUCUGGUAGCGGCGCUUUCGACUUUGACCUCAACAACUAUGCAGGCAAACAGGCAAAUUUCUUUAACCCUGGUGUGAAUUUCGGGUAUGAUGAUAGCUUGGACAUCAACUCAGGACUCAAUCAGCAGGCGCUACCACAGGAAAUGGUGGGAACCGGGGCUAAUCCACCCGCUGGCGAUUACGUGAGCAAGAGUCCUGAGAAUAUGACUGAGGCAGAGUUGAUUGACUUUUUAACCAACCUGGAUGUACCUGUUGGUGUCGGUGAUGAUUUGUACCCGGUAGAAUAUCUGAGGGAAUUGGCAAUGCAGUUAAUGGGAUGA